AUGCUUUUACAUAAACGUUCAAUGUAUAAUAUUCGACCUGAACCCAGUGAUCAUAUGUAUAAAUAUUAUCGUACUACAACAGAUUUUAUUAAAAGAUUCGUUAAUCAGGCAAUUUCGAAUACACUCAAAAUAAUUGAUAACUUGGGUGAGCUUACUUUUGAUGUUGGAUCUGGAAUGGCUACACGAAAAUUAGGCUACUUCGGUAAUGAAUGGCCUACAUGUGGCAGUUUUAAUUCACAAAAUGGAUUAGAAAUUGUGACGAAUGAAAUGGAAUCAUGGAACGCAUUAUCAGCUCUGAAGGACUGGAUGUUCCAUGUAAAUUUCCUUGGCCUCCAGUUUAAAAAUACUAUUGAAAUUUAUACAUAUCAAAUUCUUUGGAGUGUACCCACUCCAGUAUAUCCUGAACCUCAAGUCACAGUUAGUGUAUAUUUCUACAUUGGAACAAGUCACAUCUACCCGCCUCACUAUCCCGUCGAUGUAACAUAUGUUUUUGAAGGACAUCAAUUUACACAUUCCUUGAAUAUGAUUUUCAGAGCUAAAUGGCUUUAUGAUAUUUUAGACAUGAAAACAAUGAUGUUCCAGACAUUUGAUUUUUAA